AGUCCAUAACCUGUGCACUCUCUCUCAUUUUAUAACCCGACUCGGAACAAAACCCGCUCCAUAUCUCUCUCUCCCUCUCUCUCUCGAAAUCUCUCCCACAUACAAACACAAUCGCUCCCAGCCAUGGCCUCCGCCGUCAGCGACCGCCCCCUCCCCCCAGAAUCAAUCCCCACCGUCGAUCUCCGCCUCCUCUCCCAAUCCGAACUCCUCGCUCUCUCCCUCUGCUCCUCCUCUGCUUUCAACCAUCACCCGCAAAACGACGUCGUUAUCCCCAAAAUCGAUCGCAGCGUUUUCAAUGAAUCCGCCGGCAGUCGAAAACAGACCUACUCUCGUCUCCGAUUAGCUCCGGCCUCUUCCUCUUACGCCUCGAUUUGUCGCCGCACUCCGCAUCUCCGUGUUCCGAAGCCUACGUCCAUCGAGACCGAUCCCGAACGCGCGGAGAAUGCGAAGAUUGUUUCGAUGCUCAAAGCCUUGUUUACGAAACAAGCUAAUCCAAACGGCGUCAGUUUAGCUAGCAUUGAACACACUACUCAUAUACCUAAUUUACCAAGUUUGCCGAGUUUGCCUAAUUUGCCUAAUCAAGCUGUUACGGUGGCGAAUUCAGGUGAUUUGAUGAGUGUUGAUGCGGUUACUACGAGUAAUUCGAUGAAUAUGGGUGGUGGUGGGGUGAAUACGAGUAAUUCAAUGAGUAUGAGUAAUUUGAUGAGUGGAGGUUUGAAACGGAAGAGAGGUAGGCCGCGGAAAGAUAAAGGUGUGGUGCCGGUGAUACGAGAGAUAUUCAAGUAUGAGAAGAGGGAGGAUGGUGUUGGGAGUUAUAUGGUGGAUGGUAUGAAUAUGAUUAAACGGAAGAGAGGAAGAGGUAGGCCGAGGAAGGACGAGAGUGUCCCUAUGUCUAUGUCAAUGGUGAUGCCUACUUCUACUUCUAUGGCUAUGGUGGUAGUUCCGGAGGCUAAGAAUGAGGAAAAUGAGGAUGAUAAGGAUGAUGUUGUUCAUGUGAAUAGUGUUGAGAGUGAUAAGGAGGUUUUAAAUUCGAAAGGCGUGGUAGUUGAUGUGGUACGGUUGGCUGAGUUGGAGGAUCCUUUUGGACCUGAAAUUAGGCGUAGGACAGAGGGGAUGUUGACAGAUGCCGAGCUGCUAGGGUUUUUGGAGGGGUUAGGUGGACGAUGGGGGAGUCGGAGGAGGAAGAGAAAAGUGGUCGAUGCUAGUUUGUUCGGGGAUUAUUUGCCAAAAGGGUGGAGUCUUUCUAUAUCUCUGAAGAGGAAAGAAAAACAUGUUUGGUUGUUUUGUCGGCGCUAUAUAAGUCCCAGUGGACGGCAGUUUAUAUCAUGCAAAGAAAUUUCUUCGUACUUGUUGUCAAUCUCUGGGUUGCAAGACGGUAAACAGUUAGAUUCUUCUCAUGGAGAAUGCAAAGUGGACUCUCAGAAUCCUGCAGGUCUUGCUGUUCUAGGGGACAACACAAAAGAUGACAGCCAAUCCAGGAACCACUCGAUCAGUGAAGUGGCAGGUGCAACAGAACCUACUCUUGAACAUGUGCAAGAUAAUGUUGGCUCUUCAUCGGUGGGUGAACUCCCUAACGAGGAUCAUUAUGCUGACAAGGAUAUCAAUCCAGAAAUAUUUGAUACCAAUGGUAAUAAAAAACUAGAUUCUGGUAUCGAUAACAGUAAGCUUGAGGGAAGUUUGAGGGUUGAAAUAUCUUCUGAUAAAAUCGGUUAUGAUCAGCAGCAUGAAGCCUUUGGCAAUCCAGACAUGCAAGCAGGAACAAUUGUAUUAGAUAGAGUAGAAACCAGUGAUCAGCAGGUUAAGGAUUGUCCUUCAAGUAGUUAUAAAGUAGAUAAUGUAGCUGAUGCUGAAAAACGAUCUUUGGGAUCAAAUUCAUGUUUGGGUUCUGAAGCAACCUUGGCUAUUAAUAGCAAUCAUGGCAUUCCAGAAUCCUCGGAUAGAAGUGCAGUGCUGUGUGUUCCAGAUGUGACCAACACAUGUUCUGUUGAGCAAGAAAAUGGUUUGCAAAUCUGUGCUCCUCCACGGAUAGAUGGCCAAACUAGUGUUCACCUUCCAAGUGAUGUUCUUGGAGACUCUGCAGCUGCAGAUGAGUCUGUUAGGAAAGGAGUUGCUGGAAAUCCUUUCUACACUGAGAAUAUGUCUUCUGCUAGCACAGCUAAUGAUCUAAAACUUGAUUCAGGGAAGUUUGCAACAGUGGAAUCGAUAUUUGGAUCUGAUGACAAUCAUGAUGAAGCGAAUAAGCAUUGUGUUACUGCAGUCAAGCCGGAUUUUAUAGUUGAAGGCACUGCUGUUUUUCAAUCUGGAAAUGAACACUUUGGCGGUAUUGAUAAUGUAAAAUACGGAAGUUUGAAUUUUGACCUGUCCAGGUCUGAGCAGAAGAUAUGUUCUGAUAGCAGUGUACUUGCUCCAUCUGGUGAUGAGGAAAUUUGCAUCGACAACAAUGUAAAAAAUAUUUCCACUUUCUCAGCAACUCCUGAUAAUAUGGUACUGAACUGUGAAAGCAAUGAGCGUAGUAGUUAUGCUUGUCCCCGGACAGAUGUUGUGGAUGUCCUUCAGGAUGAAAGCAAAUAUGGAAACUUUUCUAUACCGUCUUUGAGUCGGAGAAACCAAGCUGCCGUGGAAGUUGAACCUAGGCAAGGAGUUACUUUUAACAGUCUACUUUCUCUUUCUGGGCAGGAGAAAGCUAGCAGUGCUGAAAAUCUCGUAGAUUUACUUCCUACAAGACAUUCAGAUACUGCCGAAUUUAAUGAAGUUGAAACUUCUAGGAAUGCUGGAGUAAUACUUUCUUCUGGUAGAACUUACAAUGGUGUCGGUGCAAGUAUGUCAAGCAACAAGGAAAGAAGUCUUGAACUAAGCUCACUGCUUUCAUCUGGGAAAGGUGCAACAUUUGGUUCUGAAGACAAUGUUAGUGGAGUUGAUAAUAGAUCAGUAGAAGAGUGCAGACAGUUCUCUGGAAAUGGUCUACUGGUUGGGUCUUGUUUUGCGCAACAUCCUAGUAACGUAUAUACAGUCGACCAAAUUUAUAAUAGACCUGUAAAUGAGCUUAAAUUUGAUAAUGGGCUGAACUCAGGUAAUAAUGAUCUAGCUCUUGAUUUCGGUGACCCUCAUGCAGGAUUGUUUGCUGAUACCACUGAUCUUGAGAAUGAGAAGUAUGCUACAAAUUGUUCUGCUAUCCCAACAAGGAUUGAACAAAACAUUGGCGCCCAAAUAAAUGUAAACAGGGUCAAUGAUAAUUUUGUUGAGGAGCAGGGAAUAAGUUCCUUUAGCGAUUUAUUUAGUUUAUCAUGCAAUGGGAAACUCUGGGGUACUGAACCCAACUUUAAUCAAGCUUACAACAGAAGAUGGGAAGUGCCUGAUGUGAAUGAGGUUGGAACUUCAAAAAACAAAAAAUACAUGGUUGAUUUUAGUGCUGCUAAUGCACAGCCUGCUGAGAACGUCAUGCCUGGGGGUGGUAUUUGGAGAGCUGGUGAAGAUGCCUUUCAGAGUAGUAUGGCUGAUCUCUCAAACCCUCCAGCGCAAUCAACUACCCCCUUUUGCACCUUUGAUAUACUCUCGGAUAAGGCUGAAGAUGGUUUGUAUAGACUUGGUGACAAGUAUAAUAGAGGAUCAUGUUUUGAAGAAUUAGGAUCUGGCAGAACUGAACCUGUAGAAUUUAGUUUCCUAACUGCGCCAAAUUCGACUUCUUUUCAAGGUGUUCCAGACAAAAAUCCAUAUGGCACGGGAAUGGAACAACCUUAUGGUUCCUCCUAUUGGAUUGGAAAGCAUGACCUGGUGCAAAAUAUUCCUUCCAGGAGUCAAGUUACGACAUUAUGUGUCUGGUGCAGAAAUGAGUUCCAUCACGAGCCUGUCCACCCUGGAACACAAGCUGCAAUAGGAUCUAUGUGUCCAACUUGCAGGUCGAGGAUUUCGGAGCAGGUCAAUGCGUUGUAGUAUGAGAUGACAUUUACUUAGAAGGAUAAUGCUUUCUGCAGUAGAAAACUGAACCCAAGCUAGGAUCUCAUAUAGAAGGCAACGGAGAUACUGCGAGGAGUGGAGAGGGAUUCUUCAGCUUGUUCUUGAAUACUUGGCUCACUCAACAAGUUCUUUAGUCCUGGAAAAGUCUUUUUUACAUUAACUUAGGUUAUUCUUCAUUCUCGCAAUUAUAUUUUCUUCAUUCAAAAAAUUCUGUAGUGGAUGAAAUGCUGUAAUAUUUGAUGCAGUUUUGGCAGAGUAGUGAUGUUUGUGGUACAUAUCUUAUGUUUGUCCAUUCUGCCUCCAAGACAGAACCAGGAUUUCUCUGUUGCUUGCAGUUUAUGUGAUGAGGACAUUAUAGUGUAUGGAUUACAACAAUGUACUUGUAGUUUUUUUGCUGCUUUUCAUUUGUA